AUGGAUUCCCAUUCCUUUGACUAUUGGAUGGCCCAGGGCAACUACGUUGUUCCCCCGCACCAGACCACCGUUUUCGACAUGCCCCCAGAGCUGUCCAAAGUCCCCAGCCUCAGCGGAUCGCCUGUUUCUUCCACAUAUGACCAAUUUCCCACCCAAAUACAGCAUGCAUACUAUCCUCAGAUUGUCGACGAGCCCAUGCAGUUUGGAUCGUAUCCCAUGCCAAUGACUCCAUCUGAUUUUGGAUCCGACCACGACAGCCCAUACUGCAGUCCCCGACCAUUGCAACAUGUCGAGCCAACCUUUGGAGCCGUGCACACAGCCGCCCCAGCUGAGCGAACACACACAACCUCUGGCCGCCGACGAGCUCAAAAUCGUGCUGCCCAGCGCGCUUUCCGUGAGCGAAAAGAAAAGCACGCACGGGAUCUUGAAAACCAACUUGCUAUUCUCAACGAAAAGUACAGCAAGCUCGAGGUUUCACACUCUGAACUCAACGCUGCGUACGAGAAGCUCCGGAAAACCAUUGAGCUGCUCACCCAGGACGACGAUGCCGAGGGCGAGGAUGAGGACGGCACUUCCACACGUCGACGCAGCACAAACUCAGAUACUCUACGGAAACUACUCGAAAUACUGCACGGCGAGUUCAAGAGUACGACACCGGUGAAGACUGAAGCUGUUUCCUGA